UGUUUUGUUUUAUUUUUGGCUAUUUAACCAAAUCUUUUAGGUUCCUCUGUUCUUCUAUCAAUCGGGUCAUUUUUUUUUUUUUCUUUAUUUCUGGUGAGAUAUUACGAAACCACCAAGAAAAAAAGAUUCCUUCGCCGGAAUAAAUCACCGGAGAUAAAGAAAAAGAAUGGCGUCCCUGAAAUUUCCAUUGGAGAUUCUCGCCGUCUUCGUCAUCAUCUCCGUGAUUCUUUUGCCGAUUGCUCAUGCUCAAUCUUCUUCGCCAGCUCCCGCACCCACCAGCGACGGAACAUCGAUAGAUCAGGGGAUAGCGUAUGUUCUAAUGUUGGUGGCGUUGGCGUUGACUUAUUUCAUUCACUAAAAUGUGAUGGAUCCGAUCAUUUUGUUUGUUUAUCAUCCACAAUGGUUUUGCUUUUUCUCCUAGUAAUUUUGUGUUCUCCAACUCUUUUGGUUUUGUGACGUGAGAUUUGUAGAAAGUCAAAAGUAGGUUUUGGUCCUCAUGCUUUGUUCUGUUUUUCUUGGUUGGUUUAUUCAUGUAAUUUAUUUGUU